AUGGAGAGGCUUCUGUCUCACUGGCGUCUGCAGCUCCCCAGCCAAGUCUCCCUCCACCACCAAUGGAAACCCCCUCACAUCCCUACUCAUCAACAAGCUGGUUCUCCACUGCAGGGAGAACCACUCUGCCCAGAGAAACCUGCGGAUGCCAGCAGUGAGGAGAAGGCCCGCAGGGUCCCUGAGGUGCCGGAGCGGGGGGGGGCGACCUGCGGGCAGGUGUUCGGCAGCCGGGAGGAGCAGACUGAGCACUACCAUCUCGACUGGCACCGCUUCAACCUGAAGCAGAGACUCCUGGGGCACCGGACGCUGCCAGUAGAAGUGUUUGAGGAGAAGAUCUGCACAGGUGAUGUUUCCAGCAUCUCAGGGUCCGAUUCGGAGAGCUCCGAUGCAAGCAGUGAGUCGGAGUUGCUGCCUUCUGCCAGCGACAGCCCCGCGACCCUCCAGAACCCCCGCUCCCACAAGGUGGUGCUCCGCAAUGCGAAGGGCCAGCUCAUCUCUGCCUACCGCUGCGUGCUGGGCACUGGGAAGGGUGGCAGCGAGGAGCCAGCAGAGCUGACAGCGUCACUGCAGAGCCUCAGUGCGAGCACGUGCUGGGUUGUGCUGAUGAUGGGCGGCGGGCACUUCGCCGGAGCUGUGUUCCGGGGCCCCCAGGUGCAGGAGCACAAGACCUUCCACCGCUACACAGUGCGAGCCCGUCGGGGCACAGCCCAGGGCCUACGGGACGCCCAGACCCCAGGGUCAGCACCCAGGUCGGCCGGAGCCUCCCUGCGGCGUUACAAUGAGGCCGUGCUGCUCAAGGAUAUUCAGGACCUGCUGGCAGCCUGGGCACAGCACCUGAAUGAAGCUCAGCGCAUCUUCCUCCGGGCCCCGCGCCACAACCGGGUGCUGCUCUUUGGUGGCAGGAACCCACCUCUCACCCAAGGCGACCCUCGCAUCUGCCACAUCCCCCUCAGCACCCGCAGGGCCACCCUGCGAGAGGUGCUGCGAGUCCACGCCACGCUGGCCAGCCUGCAGGUGUAUGGGAAGGACACGCCACUGGAGGACAUCACUGGAUCCCCCCAGAAGGGCUGGCAGAAGAGGCGGCGGAAAGCAGAGGUGGAUCCCCCACAGGAGGACACGAGUGCCCCACGGGAGGAGGAGGAAGAAGAGGAGGAGGAAAGCCUUGCAGGGGAACUGGAGACUGUGGAAGUGACGCUGGGGACCUUGGACCUCCGGGAAUUUGAAGUGAUGCCCAAGCGAAACCGCAAAAGGAGGAAGAAGAAAGACAAGAAGGUGGAGAAAGGGCCCUGUGCCGAAGAGACAGGAUGCCGUGGUACCCAGUGUGGGCAGCCUGACCUGGAGCUGGUGACGGAGCUGCAGGGGGAGGCUGGGGCUGAGCCCCUUUCCUGGGGCGAUGGAGGAGACCCUCAGACCCAGCUCCGCGAUGCCCUGUUCACCGCCUGCAAAACGGGGGAUGUGGGGAUGCUGCGGCACCUCCUGGGUGUGCCAGAGAGCCGGGGCCUGCCAGGAGACAGCGAGGAUGGGGAGGGCGCACAGCCCCUGGCUAUGCCCCGCUCCCUGCUCAACCAGCCCGUGGAUGAGCGCGGCUGCACCCUGCUUCAUGUGGCAGCACGGGCAGGGAAGGCUGCGGCUGUGUGCCUGCUGCUGGAGGUGGGGGCGGACCCUGCCCUCAGAGACGGGCAGGAGAGGACCCCCUACUGCGUCUCUGCUGACAAACUGACCCGCAACGCCUUCCGCAAGUUCAUGGUGGACCAUCCGGACAAGUACGACUACAGCCGUGCCAAGGUGCCAGGACCCCUGACGCAGGAGAUGGAGGCCAAGAAGCUGGAGAAGAAGCGGGCACAGAAAGCCCAGCGGAAGCAGCGGGAGCAGGCACAGCGGGAGGAGCGGCAGCGCUGGGAGCAGGAGCAGGGAGAGAAGCAGCGGUUUGCAGCCCUGUCCGACAGGGAAAAGAGAGCCCUGGCUGCCGAGCGGAGGCUGGCUGCGCAGCUGCAGGAUGCCAGCACAGCUCUUGCCAACAUCAGCCGCUGCUGGCAUUGUGGAGAGUCCCUGCUGGGCCGGAUCCCUUUCCAUUACCUUGACUUCUCCUUCUGCUCCACGGCCUGCCUGCAAACCCACCGCCGGGCCCGGGCCAGCCACACAUAAGGCUGGGGACUGCUGCCACCUGCCAAGGACCGAUGGGGUGGAGACAUGGCUGAGCACUGGCUGUGCAGCCAGGGAGAGCCUGUGGAGCAGCGCUGGUCGGAGGGACUGAGCUGGCCAUGUCACUCUCCAGGGCAACUCUGGCAAGGCUCGGGGCGAAAAUGUCACUCUGGGUGGUGACUCUGGGAAUGCUACAACCGGGAGGUCCCUACGUACCAGUGUGAGGGGCCAGGACUGCUCCAUGGCCCAGCUCCAGCUGGGGGGGUCUUGCUGCUGGCUUUCCUCAUGGCUACUUCAGAGGCUGCUGCCUGUCAUGGUAGGACAGAUCCUGACAUAUCUGGACCCCGCAGCCCCAAGCUACCUGCAGCCAUGCCUGCAGGCACCCUCUGGGCUGUGCUUUGCCCUCUCCUCUCCUGGAUGCCAUCGGUCUCUCAGCUGUACCAUGUUAGCAACUACCUCCUCUGCCUGCAUUGUCAAUAAAGAGGUGCCUUGACCCCCUAGGCGUGGGGGGAGUCAGCAU